UUAUGGUCUGUGUGGCCGGUUGCUCUGCUCCUCCCACCCCCUCGGCGCAGGGCGCGCAGGCGCGCUGUGAGCGGGAUGGCGGCGGGACGAUGCUGACGCCUGGUAGUGCAGGCUGUGCCCAGCAGCAGCGACACAGCCAUGGCCCGGCUGGCCGACUACUUUGUGCUGGUGGGCUACGAUCACGACAAGCGAGGGAGUGGUGAUGGCCAGGGACGGAUUCUCCAGCGCUUUCCUGAAAAGGAAUGGGAAGACAAUCCCUUUCCAGAGGGCAUUCAAUUGUUUUGUCAACCUGGUGGAUGGCAGCUGGUUCUUGAAAGGAAAUCUCCGAACUUCUUUGUUGCAGUUUUAACAGAUAUCAACUCAGAGAGACAUUAUUGUGCAUGUUUCACCUUUUGGGAAGCAGUUGAGAGUUCACAGCAAAAUCAUGGAAAUUGUACUGAAGAGGACUCAAAAUUUCAGACUUCACAGUUAUUUGCCCCAAAAAGUCUGGUUCUGGUUUCACAGUUGGACCACACGGAGGUGUUCAGGAAUUGCCUGGGUCUGAUCUACACUAUUUACAUUGACUGUCUAGAUUUUCCAUUGGAGACAGUGAUUGGGAACCUGCUGACUUGCAUCGUUCCCAUCACAGGAGGAUCCCAGAGAACAAUCUCGCUGGGAGCAGGAGACCGUCAAGUAAUACAGACUCCUAUUAGUGAUGCGCUGCCAGUCACUGGUUGCAGUGUUGCCCUGCUCCUCAAACAGCUCGGUAUUAACAAUGUAUUGGAUCUUUUUUGUGCCGCCCUAACCGAACACAAGAUCCUGUUCCUGUCCUCCAGUUACCAAAGGCUAACAGAAGCUUGCCGAGCACUACUUGCUGUCAUGUUUCCUCUAAAGUACAGUUUUACAUAUAUUCCAAUCCUACCAGCUCAGCUAAUUGAAGUGCUGAGCAGCCCCACACCAUUCAUCAUUGGAAUCCACUCUUCCUUCCGAGCAGAUAUGCCGGACUUGUUGGAUGUAAUUGUGGCUGACCUGGAUGGUGGCACAGUUGUGAUUCCAGAGUGUAUCCAUAUUUCAGUUCUGCCAGAGCCCUACUUGGUUCAGACUCAAACAGCACUUUCCAUGGUUUUGGACCCAGAGUUAGAAUAUGCAGAUUAUGCCUUCCCACCUUCUUCUAUGUCAGCAUCUUCAAUGAAAUUUCAGGAUAAAGAAAUCAGAGCUGUCUUCCUGCGCUUGUUUGCACAAUUAUUUCAGGGUUACCGCUGGAGCCUUCAGAUCAUUCGUAUCCAUCCUGAGCCGGUAAUUCGUUUUCACAAGGUGGCCUUCUUGGCCCAAAGAGUAUUGCUGGACGAAGAGUUUCUCACCAAAGUUCUUGAUGGGAUGGCUUUUGCGGGAUUCAUAUCAGAAAGAGGCUCACCAUAUCGAGCAUGUGAUUUGUUUGAUGAGUUGGUAGCUAAUGAAAUAGAGAGAAUACGAUCAGAAGAGGGAAACCCACAGAAAGUUCUAAAGCACGUGAAGGAAAUAUCAGAAAAGCUUCAUCGGAAUGAGAACCCUUACCCAGCAGUCGCAAUGCACAAAAUACAGAAACCAACUGAGGGCUCCCACCUACGGUUGCAGCGAACCACCUUUCCUCAACUGGAUGAAAGCAUGGUGCAGUGGAUCAUUGACCAGGCCACAGCCAAACUAAAGAAUGCUCCACCUGCUGUCAAAGCUGAGAUGAAAUGCAUAGUGCCCAUGGGUCCUCCAAGUGCUGCUGUCGUUGAUCGAAAUGGUAUUGUCCUUGCCAACAGUGCCCGAAGGUUAGAGGUUGUCAGGAACUGCAUUACCUACAUAUUUGAAAAUAAAAUGUUGGAGGCCAAAAAGUUAUUACCUGCCGUGUUAAGAGCCCUUAAGGGACGUGCUGCUCGACAGUGCCUCACUGAAGAGUUGAAUUUACAUGUUCUGCAAAAUAGAGCAGUCCUUGAUCAUCAGCAGUUUGACUAUAUUGUCCGGAUGAUGAACUGUGCAUUGCAGGAUUGCACACCAUUGGAUGAACAUAUAGUUGCAGCAGCUCUCCUCCCAUUGGUUACAGCUUUCUGCAGAAAACUGGGGUCUGGUGUUACACAGUUCGCAUACAGCUGUGUGCAGGAUCAUCUGGUAUGGACUAAUCUUCAGUUCUGGGAAGCCAUGUUUUACAGUGAUGUACAGAAUCAUAUCCGAGCAUUGUAUUUGGAAAUGGAUAGUGAUCAUCUCUCAGAAACAGGUUCUGUCAAUGGUGAGGGAGAGCAGAGGUCAGCACUGCAGGUAGCAGCAGAACAGUUACGUAUGUGGCCAACAUACUGUAAAGAGAAACAGCAAGAACUAAUCGAUAAAGAAGAGAGCACAGUAUAUAGUCAGGCUAUUCACUAUGGCAAUCGUCUCACUUACCUGCUCCUGCCACUUGACACCAGCAAGAAUCGCCUUCUUCGUUCUACAGCAAUUGGAGACAUGGAGAGUGUCAGCAACAGCUUUGUAACAAACAGUAUUGCAGGCAGUGUGGCUGAGAGCUAUGAUACUGAAAGUGGAUUUGAGGACGCAGAGACUUCUGAUGUGGCAAAUUCAGUUGUUCGGUUCAUCAACAGAUUUGUGGAUAAAGUGUGCACAGAGAGUGGUGUCAGUAGUGACCACCUCAAAGCACUUCAUGCGAAUUUACCAGACAUUGUGCAAAUGCACAUCGAGACACUAGAUGCUGUUCAUCGAGAAAGCAAGCGCUUGCCUCCCAUUCAGAAACCUAAACUUCUGCGCCCCAGUCUGCUGAUUGGAGAGGAGUUGGUAAUGGAAGGACUACGAGUAUUCUUGGAACCUGAUGGACGGGAAGAAUCAAUGGGAGGUUCUGUGGGAGGACCCAAUAUUCUUCCAGCUGAGGGAGCCAUUUUCCUUACCACCUACCGCAUCAUCUUCAAAGGGGUACCCACAGAAACGCUGGCAGGGGAACAGACUGUGAUUCGUUCAUUCCCUGUUGCAUCAUUCACGAAAGACAAGAAGAUUAGCCCACAUUCACGCACAGACCAGGAUGUACAGGAUAGACUCCAAUUACGAUCCUCCACCUUUCAGUUGAUGAAAAUAGCUUUCGAUGAAGAGGUGGGGUCUGAGAUGGUUGAACUAUUUCGGAAGCACAUCCACAAGCUGAGAUAUCCACAGUAUGUGCACAGCAGCUUUGCCUUCACUGCUGGCCAGUCAGCUAAGCAAGUAAUAGAGCCGAAGCAAAAGGAGAAGAACCCAUCGCUGAGAACCAUGUCCAAGAAUAUCAUGAAGAAUGCAAAGAAAACAAUUGGGAGGCAGUAUGUCACUAGGAAAAAGUUCACACCUCCAACCCUGGACCAACGAGGCAUUCCUGCCCAUGGUGACAACCUAGACCAAAUUUCUGUUUCAGAGGAGAUGGAGCAAAGUGCACUGACUCUUUCCAGCACAAUUAGAUCAUCAGAUAAAUCAACCAUGAGCCACAUGAUCGAGCGAGCUUGUUGUCGUGACUAUCAGCGACUGGGCUUGGGUACACUCAGUAAUAGUUUGACACGAUCAAAGAAUGAACCGUUUCGAAUAACAACAGUGAAUCGCAUGUAUGGGGUAUGCAAGAGUUACCCUAGCCUCCUCAUUAUCCCACAGAUGAUACAAGACAGCACGAUGCAACGCAUAUCACGGUGUUACAGACAGAACCGUUUCCCCGUUGUGUGUUGGAGGAAUUCGCGCACAAAGGCAGUGCUUCUGCGAUCAGCUGGACUGCACGGGAAGAGUGUCGUUGGGUUCUUUAAAUCCCAGAAUGCACCAUCUGCAGGUCCUUCUCAGACAGAUUCCACCAGUUUAGAGCAAGAAAAGUAUCUCCAGGCAGUGAUUAAUUCCAUGCCUCACUAUGCCGACACAGGCGGACGCAACACACUCAGCGGCUUCACUUCUGCUCACAUGAGCAGUUCAGACUCAUCUGAUAAACAGAGGCAGCCAAAGAUUGGUGUGCUGAUGAAACAGGUGAUGGGUGGAAAGGAAGAUGUGCCAAGUUCUUUCAGUCGCGGAGUAUUAGGAAACAGAGCCAGAGUAAUCACUCUGGCGAAUCCAAGGGCCACAACGAAGGAGAGAGAAAGCCCUCAAGGGAAGUGGGGCAGUAUUCGGGGCAGUGGUCGAUUGAGUGCUUACUCCCUGAGUUCAGAUGUGGGGUUCCGAUUAGCAGGCAAAGAGACACUGUCCCCGCAAGCAAAUGGAGGUCCAUCAGAUUCGCACUACUUCAGGCAGCAGCGAGCAGGCCUUUACAUCAUCGGAGAGAAGUCUCAGCUAAAAGGGGCAAAACAAGACCCUCUGCAGCAAUGGGAAGUUGUUCCCAUUGAAAUAUUUGAUGUCCGACAAGUGAAAAACAGCUUUAAGAAGCUGAUGAAGGCAUGUGUGCCAAGUUCAGCAUCCACUGAUCCUAACCUGUCCUUCUACCGUUCGCUGGAGGAAUCAGACUGGCUCUCUCAGCUGCACAAGUUGCUCCAGGUCUCCGUGCUGGUUGUUGAAUUAUUGGACAACGGAUCCUCAGUGCUCAUCAGUCUGGAGGAUGGCUGGGAUGUAACCACUCAGGUAGUGUCCUUAGUGCAGUUGUUGUCUGACCAACAUUACAGAACAUUGGAGGGCUUCCGACUUCUGGUUGAGAAGGAGUGGCUGUCAUUUGGGCAUCGUUUCAGUCACCGUGGUGCUCAAACAAUGGCUAGUCAGAGCAGUGGCUUCACACCAGUCUUUCUGCAAUUUCUUGACUGUGUACAUCAGAUUCAUUUGCAGUUUCCGAUGGAGUUCGAGUUCAGUCUAUACUACUUGAAAUUUUUGGCAUAUCAUUAUGUGUCCAACCGCUUCCGAACUUUCUUGCUGGAUUCUGAUCAUGAAAGGAUUGAAUAUGGACUAAUGUAUGAAGAGAAAGGCGAAAAGAAGAGCCAACACAUAUACAAAUCUGUGUGGGACUACAUUGAUCGGCUGAGUAAGAAAACGCCAAUGUUCUUCAAUUAUCUAUAUGCACCUGAAGAUGGAGAGGUUUUGAGGCCAUAUAGUAACAUUUCCAAUCUGAAGAUCUGGGAUUAUUACACACAUGAGACACUUUCUGAAGGGCCACCCUAUGAUUGGGAGCUGGUGUACGGUCGAAAAGAGCCGGUGGAUGAUGGGGAAAGAACAGAUACCACGGCUCCUCAGACACAGCGUAAGAUUGUCUGGCCCUGUUAUGACAACCAGAAUAAGAUGCAACCAGAUGCCAUUAGCAAAUUGUUGGAGGAGAUGCAGACGUUGGAGUGUGAGUUGGGUCAAGUGCCGGAUAAAUGGAAGGAAACUUGGGACAAGAUCAAAACAACCCAACGGACAGAGAGCAAGCAGGAGGGUAAGCACUUGUCUUCAAGUUCGCUGUUGAUGUCAUCAAGUCUGUCCCACCACCGGAGAUCACAGUGUGUUUAUUUGCAUGAGGCAGCGGUUGGAUCCACUUUGAAUCUGAGUCUGGAUACGGACUCCAGCACAACUUCCACUCCCUCCAGUGGUGUCAUGGGACGAAAGAGCACAAGCACCUUAUACAGCCAAUUCCAGACAUCAGAGAGUGAACACAGAUCGUAUGAGGGAAUACUGUACAAGAGGGGUGCUUUACUGAAAGCUUGGAAACCACGCUGGUUCGUGCUUGAUAAGACUAAACAUCAGCUGAGAUAUUACGACAGUAAAUCAGACACAGAUGUGAAGGGGAUUGUGGAUCUUGCAGAGGUCGAAUCUGUGACUUUGGGAACUGCAGGAAUGGGAGCUCCCAAAAGUAUUGAGGAGAAAGCUUUUUUCGAUCUGAAGACAACUAAAAGAGUUUACAAUUUCUGUGCCCAAGACUGCCAGAGUGCCCAGCAGUGGAUUGAUAAAAUACAGAGCUGCUUGUCAGAUGCAUGAGUACCUUGCAUUGCAGGCAUUGCCCAUGGACAGCUGGGUGUAAAGCUUGUAUCACUUGGAUCUCUCUUGAUACUGGACAGCAGCUGUUGUAUUGAACCAGUGUAUUGUGGGAAUUGGUAACUUCUGAGCCACCCAAUCAUGGAGUCCAAAAGAAUUAAUGGAGGACAGUGAUUGGAUGUCUUGCUGCCCACAUCUUGUAUUGGCAUACUUGUGCAUUUGUUGAUGGAAGUCCAUUUGAGAGUCGGGAGCUGCUCAGAGAGAUGGUGGGAAAGGCGUAUUUCACCACUAAAGAUGAUACAGAUUAGAAUAAGAAUAAACCAAACACAAAAUCCUUUAAUUCUUUCUUCCUCAAACUUUUCUCGCGUGAUAUGAUUUCUUCUGAUUCUGGUUCUGUUAGUGUUGACAUGUUAGGUCACUAGUUUCAUAACUUAAAUGCCACAGCUAAAAGCCUCUUUCACCAAAUUUGUUCAUUUCCAGACCUUCAGCCAUACUCCCAAUCUUGGAUGAAUUACCUGUUUUCAAAGAGGAUGUAGAUUGCUGAUCAGUCAUUUCACUGUUGUUAUUAUUAUUGACUUUGUUACAUACUUGUAAUUAGUUUAUCUAUGUGUGAUGCUGCAAUUCUGUCAGGUUAGCAAGAGAACUGAACGUCAAACAGUUCCUGCAUCAGAAACAGGUCAAUUCCAAAAGAGGGGAAUGUUUAAAUCCUCUCGCCUUGAAGUGAAUUAUUUUUAGAAAGGAUGCACCUUUUAAAAAAAAUGCAAUAAGCUGUUUACAAACAGAUUUGGGAAUAGUUUUUACUGGGUCUAAUUUUCAUGGGUUAGUGGUAUGAGUGAAAUCUCACUCCUGCACAGCUGAGGAAUGCUGCAGAAAUCUGCGAAUAAUUUGCCAAAGGGUAAACUGCAGCUGUUUGCAGCCUGUGUGGAUGGGACUUCAAGAUACAGUGUAUAAUGAGCAGCUCUCUGAAGGAGUGUUAAUUUUUCAGUAAAGUGGCUAGAUAUCUUCAAACUGCAAGGACAACAGUAGGACAAUGAGAAAUAAUGUUUGUGUGAUUGGUUCUACAUUAACUUAUGCAAAGGGUAGGGCUUGGCAGGUGAUUAUAUGCUCAGAAUGUUUACAGAUACAGCUGUGAAAGGUUGUGUGCAGUGAAGCUGGUUUGACCAACUCCUUUCCCCAGAUUCAGUUCUAUCUCCCUUCUCCCCGAUAUGCCUGGUGUUCCCUUCCAUUGUAUCAUACUGAGCAGUACUGAUUCCAUUGAGUAUCAACAGGCAAAGGGCAAGUGAAAGUGAGAAGAUGAGGCGGCUUCCAAUUCUUCAGAGUGGCUGCACAGAAACAUCACAGCUGUGAGAUUUUUUUAGCAGUGUUGUAGCUUUUAUUCUAUUGUUAGUGAUGUACAGCUGUACAUAGUUUAAUUCGUGUCCUAUUUAUGCGACAGCUUCCUAUAAUUAUCAGUGUACAGGUUGGACGAUAGUUUGUGUAUCCACACGUGCAUCUUUUCCCGUGUUGUUUCCUCGAAGAAAGCAAAGACAUUGAGUCAGCUGUACAUUGAUAAAUGGCUCAAUAUUGUGUGUUUUGCCAACCCACUGCAAUAAGGACUUCAUAAGCAUGCCUGUUCUGCAUCAGGAAGCAACCGUACUAUUGGGUUCAGUGUACACAGUGCCGCAUCUUAGUGAUCUUCACCAUUCUAGACUGCAGCAGAUAGAGUCUUUGCCAUCCAACUGAUAGUUCUCAGCAAAUCUAUCCAAAAUAGAAAAAUCCAUACUUUUGGAUGAAUUGAGAAAAACUGAUGGGCCCUUGAUCCAUACGAUUUGGAGUAUUGACUUCUCAGUCUGUCUUCAAAUAUAUUUAAACUGUUUCAGUUAAAAUGUUUUUCCUACUAUUUAACGUUAAUAUUGUGAUUGCCAAGUUUUGAAUACUGAUACUAAAAUCUAUCUCUCAACUCAUUCUUUCUCACUCUGUCCAAAUUGUGUACUCUAACUGUUGUGAGCAGUUUCUGUACAUUUUGCAGCUUAGGCUUGCUUGAUCUCACUGUAUUUCGCAAUGUCUUAAAUUCAGUAAUUGUUGCUUGUAGUUCUUUGCUGUCAGAUCUCAAUAGAUCUUAUCAUUGGUACUUGAUUCCAGUUAACUGCUAACAUUGUUAAAAGUUGUACAGUGUCAUGAUAAGACUUCAGAACAUUUACUAGCCUCCCUGGAAUCCUGGGAAGUGCAAACUCUGUUUGUAGUGGCAUUGUUGAAGAAAAACGCUGUCCUUAAAACAGUUUUGAUUUUUUUUCAGCCACUUAGUGCAGAAGAUUUGGCUUGGAAACUUCUAUUUCUAAGUUUAACACCUAAUCUUCCCAGUGUCACAAAGUGUUGAGUUGCAUACUGAAGUUUGAAAGAAUGAUGUAUUAACAUCCAAAUUAAAGUUUAUUUCAUAUUAUAAGUUAGAGAAGGAUCUUGGAAUGAGUGGAAGUGACCUUUUGUUCAUAGUUCAUGUGCCUCAUUAUCAUCCUCCUCACGAGGCUGUCUCAUUGAGGCUUUAUCUUGUUGCAAUACUGUUUGAUUGUUCUUUGUACUAUGCUAUGAAUAAAAGCAGAAUGUGCUGGAAAUGUC